AUGGCUGAUGCUGGUGGUAGUGGUGGGGAUGUUGAUGACGUACGCCGGCGGAUUAACGAAGAGAUGCGGGCCUAUACGUCCGGGGAGAUAAAUCAGCUGAUACAAGCGGCCUUGCAGCAGCAGCAGCCGGCGGUACCUCGCCCCAUCCGUCAUCGAGCUAUAGUUCCCCGGGACCACAUCGCUGCACACCAACGGUUGUAUGACGACUAUUUCGCUGAGCAGCCGCGGUUUGGGGACAACUUUUUCAGGCGGCGUUUUAGGAUGCACAGUGAUCUAUUUAUGCGUAUCGUGAACGCUUUAGAGCAUCGGUACAAGUAUUUCCGGUUCAGGUUGGAUGCGAAUGGCAGACCAGGUAUCUCGCCUAUACAGAAGUGCACUGCUGCAAUCAGGGAUAGGUAUCUUCCGAAGCCUACCCCCGAAGACUGUCAGGCUCUGAUGCAGAUGCACGGGAAUGUGCACGGGUUUUCGGAGAUGUUGGGCAACAUAGAUUGUAUGCAUUGGGAGUGGAAGAACUGCCCCAUCGCCUGGAAAGGGAUGUACACGACCGAUUUCAAAGGCAAGAAUCCCACGAUAAUCCUCGAAGCCGUAGCUGACUACUGGCUGUGGAUAUUGAUGAGUCUCGUUCUAGGCCUUGGUUACUGGUCAAUAUCUGCAAAAUAG